CUGUCUUUUCCGUCGUUCAGGACAUUGUUUCUGGCGGCCAGAACUACUACUGACAAUCACUGACAUUAUACGAUGCGAAACAAUCCAGCUGUACAAAAACAUUUUAGAGCGUCCUAAACAUGGCAUCCGGUCUACAGUUGACAGUGAACGAAGGAUCAUCUGAAUUAACAAAGUUAACUGGUGCCGCUCCCGCCACGCAAGUGCGAACAUGGAUAAAAUCAAGAAUGCUCUCAGGUGUGUCGAUCGCACUGUUCUGGAAGUUUUGAUUAUUUCCAUCCCGUCCCUGGGGUGUGUGGCUGGAUAAAUAAUCCGCCUAGUUAUGACAGGUUCACCAGUUCCCCUAUAUAAGCUAUGUUUUGUGUCGAAUAUCCCCCCCUCGGGAUCUUCUUUUGUUUUAAAUUUUUUUUUUUUCUCCUUCCUCUUUUUCUUGAAUCGAUUAGCAUUCGUCUGUUAAUCAAACAAAAGAAGGAGAAUCUUCAUCGGUCCAUACACGGGAAGACCUAUUCUUUCCAAGAUGCGUAGCCUUCUUCAAUCAUUAUUGUCCGUUUUAUCUCUUGCUUAUACCAUAAAUGCCGUGAACACGACUCUUUUUCAAGGCCGCUUUGCCAAACCUGGCCCGCACCAAGUGAUUCCGAAAGACUUCCCGGAUCCUGCAAUCCUGAAGGUUGGUGCUGACUGGUAUGCAUUUGGCACCAACGCAUACAACAAAAAGGUGCAGGUAGCAAAGUCCAGCGAUUUUGAAAAGUGGGCAGUACUCAACACAGACGCCUUGGCUAGCCUUGGUCCGUGGGAAAUUCCGCGUGACCAAUGGGCUCCGCAUGUUAUUGUGAGGGAUGAUGGAAAACUGGUCCUCUACUACUCUGGAGUCCCCAAAGAAUUCCCUCGCCACCACUAUGUCGCCGCAGCCAUCUCUGAAGGCAAGAAUCCCGCGGGGCCCUACCACCCACUUGACGAGCCCUUCGCCCGUCACAUAGAAACCGGUGGCUCGAUCGACCCAGCUGGCUUUCUCGACAAAGAUGGCUCCCGCUGGGUGGUGUAUAAAGUCGACGGCAACAGCAUUGGUAACGGGGGUGAUUGCGGAAACAGCAUCCCACCAAUCGUCCCGACACCCAUCUACCUGCAGAAGGUAGAAGGAGACGGCGUGACAAAAGUCGGCGAUCCGACCACGAUUCUCGACCGCGAUGAGAGCGACGGCCCACUGAUUGAGGCGCCCAGCCUGAUACGGUCGUCGGAGGGAGUUUAUUUCCUCUUCUACUCUUCGCAUUGCUGGACGAGUCCUGCGUAUGAUGUGCGAUAUGCGACGUCGCGGUCGAUCAGGGGGCCGUAUGUGAAGGCGGCGAAGCCGCUGAUUAAAUCGGGUGACUAUGGAUUGAAGGCUCCUGGGGGAGCUACUGUUGCGGACAAUGGAGAAAGGAUCCUGUUCCAUGCGAACUGCCCAGCAGGCAGGUGUAUGUACGCGGCGGACCUCGAAAUCAAGGGGAAGACUGCCCGGAUAGCAUAGUUAUUUGCGUAGGAAUUGAUUAAACUUGCAAAAAUGGAAGGCUGCUUGAGCAUGACGUCUCUUUUCCCUUUUCACUGUGGAGUUUGUUUCACAUGUACAUGUACAUUCACAUUUGACAGGAAAUGUAUCACUAUUUAAAAAGCACUUCAAUGUAUGGACUUGUUGACUCUCCUAUCACUUGGUAGGCGUCUUUUUCGAAGACCAUCUCAGGCGAACUCCAAUUCAGCGGCAAGUGUGCUUCUACAGGGCUAAGGAUGUAAGAGGCCCCUUGCCGAAUAGUUCCGAUGAAACCGAAACCUUAUAGAUCGGCGCCCCUGCCUUCGUGAUAAGGGAAAU